AUGCUUGCAUUGGGCCUGCCCAGGUCUCUACGACUGAUCAGACAAGAAAGCACUACGGCGGCCACCAAGCCCACGUCUCAACUCAAACCUCUCACGGCAUCCCAACACGCCGACUACCUCGCCUCCCAGCGACGGUCCCGCCCCGUCAGUCCGCACUUGGCGAUCUACCAGCCCCAGAUAACAUGGUACUCCGGGGCGCUGAUGCGGAACUGCGCCAUGCUCCUGACGGCGCCGAUCUACAUCUUCGGGGCGGCGUAUGUGCUCUCGCCCGUGGUGGGCUGGCAUCUGGACACUGACGCCGUGGUGGCGUGGUUCGGCGCACUGCCCCUGGGCGCGAGGCUGGCCGUCAAGGGCUUGUGGGGCUUUGCGUUUUGCUUCCAUCUCGUGCACGGGACGAGGCACUUGAUCUGGGACACGGGCAUGAUGUUGUCGAAUAGGCAGGUGCAGAUUAGUGGGUGGUUAGGUCUGGGGAUCAGUGUAUUGGGGACGGUGGGGUUGCUGGCAUUUUGGUAG